UCAACAUGAAAGAACGAGGAUUUAUGCAUUUGAGCGAAAACUGCCUGGAGUUAAUUUUAAACUAUUCGAAUUUCAGCGAGCAUAUUAGUUUCUCUCAGACUUGUUCCAGGUUUCGUCAGGUGUUUGGCACCUGGUCCCGAAAUAAAUAUACAAAAGUUUCGAUUGUUGGUGAUGUAGUGGAAAAGGAGUUAGUUUUAAUGAGUCUGGUUGCCAGGCACAUAAAAGGACUCACAAUUUUUGUUGACGAUCUGAUUAGUUCCUUUCAGUCGCUUUACAAACUGAGAAGUAAAGAACGUUUAAUUCAAUUCUGUGAUCUUGUACAAAGAAUGAAAAAGCUCGAGUCUGUGAAGAUACGGCAGUCUUAUCCACAUCCGAUAACCGGAAGCUUACUCAGAGCUCUAAGGGACCUGCCCUGUUUAAAGCAAAUGCACAUAAGUACGCCAAAGCAGGGAACAAAACUUCUGGGAAUGUUCCAUCAACUGGAGUUCAUCUCCAUAGAUGUGGAGUUACCAUCUCGUGUCCUGCGGCGAUACUGCAGCUCACUAAAGAAUUUGCGGACACUUCAUUUGUCCUCAGAAGUUGGUAGCCUCUAUCUUAGGGAUAUUUUGAAACAUUUGCCGCACCUUCAGGACUUGAGCUUCCAGAUAGAUCGCUCUAGGACAAAAAGUCAUUUAGUUUGCUACCCAAAAUGGAGUCCUUUAAACUCCUUGAUUGAGAUUUUAAAUUUUCUGGCCAGUGAACGAACCCUGGAAGCUCUCCAGAUCCGAGGUUCUAUAAGAGCUAAGAAUGAGGCUGAAGCCCUGACUAAAAUAAAAUCGCUAAAGAAAUUGGAUUGCCAUUUUUCUAGUCCCGCUUGUGUGCCCUACCUUAGCAAGCUCACUUCCUUGGAAAUGCUCCGAGUAACCACCAUAAGUUCCGUAGACGUAUCAAAUUUGUACUUGAAUGUAAUCUAUGCCUGCCCAAAUCUUAGCUUUCUACGGAUUUUAGAUAACAAUAUCAGUCCAAAAUUCAUUGAAAAAGUGGACGAGGUUUUGGCCCAAAACGAGGCAAAAAAUAAAUUAACACUUUUGAUUCACGGAGUUUAUACUGAAGAUGCACUGAGGGAGUUUAAAUCCACAUCGAUGGAUAGAAGAAAUGUUUUGCUACGGUCUAUGACAGCGACGGAACUGUUGACUUUAUUCUAAAAAAUUCACAAAGAUUAAAAAAAUUUGACGUAUUGAAUGGAUUUCAAUAAAAUGUCUUUUCUAUUUAAAAAUA